ACUAACUUUGUCUUAUCGGCUUGCUACCACACCCACUAGGCUACACACCGAAUCAAUCAAUCACCGCGUUACUGUUGGCCUGUUGAAAAAAAGUCAUACCUGUUUAGAAAAGAUAACUACGGAAGCGUAGAGCUCACUCCUACGAAAAGGGACCUUAUCAUGAAAUAACGUGAUAGUUUUAUUGUAAAAACGUGGCACGUAUCAAGUUUUAACGCGAUAGUCUCACAAUUAUUUUUGUUAUUAGGGCGACAGUUCUACGCUUCAGUAGAAAUUAACGUCAAGCUCUGUUAUUUUGUAGUUUCUUAUUAAAAACAUAAAAAUGAUUCACUUUAAUAGUAGCUAGCUAGCAAGUAAAUAUAACUCAUUCAUCUGAUGCCAACUUGUAAACAACAAUCGUCUGGGCAGCCAUUAGCCAAUAGGAGAGCUCGUCGAUGUUAAAUACUGUGACGUGAUUGGUCAGUGGAUGAGACUAAUGAUAUUGACUCCUGCUGCACAGUUUCACCUGAUAAUUGUUUUAUGGGGUUGUUGCGGACGGAAUGGGUGACGUAAAUGCGGAGUUUAAUCAGUAUCACUUUUCUUUUAAUAUUCAACCAUGAGUGUUGUAACAGCUGCUUAGUCAGCAGGUUAAAGAUACAGGUGUGGACUGACUUUGAGCGCCACGUAUAGUCACAAGUAGACUUUUCGUCAGUCAUCUUCAAACUCCUGUCACCUGAAGUCAACAUGACUUCCCAAAAGUCAGACGCAGCCAUGUCUCCAAAGAUCACAGGGGAGCUUCUUCGGCUUCUUCGACAAGCCAUGAAAAAUUGUAAAUACUUUGCAGAGCCUAUACAGGCCUACAUAAUCCCAUCUGGAGAUGCACAUCAGAGUGAAUACAUUGCACCGUGUGACUGCAGGCGUGAAUUUAUUUGUGGAUUCAAUGGCUCUGCAGGUACAGCCAUCGUCACGGAGCAGCAUGCUGCAAUGUGGACUGAUGGCCGAUAUUUCCUCCAGGCCAGCCAGCAGAUGGACAACAACUGGACUCUUAUGAAGAUGGGACUGAAAGAGACACCCUCUCAGGAGGACUGGCUGAUCAGCGUCUUACCAGAAAAUUCCAAAGUGGGAGUAGAUCCCUGGAUCAUUGCUGCUGACCAGUGGAAGAACAUGUCCAAGGCACUGACCAGUGCUGGCCACUCGCUGGUGGCGGUGCAGGACAACCUGAUCGAUAUUGUCUGGACGGACCGGCCAGAAAGACCAAGCACACAACUCCGCACCCUGGGGUUAGACUACACCGGUAUUUCCUGGCAGGACAAGAUCAACACACUGCGAGUCAAGAUGACAGAGAGGAAAAUUGCCUGGUUUGUUGCCACAGCGCUGGAUGAGAUUGCAUGGCUUUUUAACCUCCGUGGUGCAGACAUCGAGUACAACCCUGUUUUCUUUGCAUACGCCAUUGUGGGAAUGAAUUCAAUAAGGCUUUUUGUGGACCUAAAGCGUCUUUGUGACCCUGCAUUGCGAGACCAUCUGCAGCUAGACUGUCCCAGUAAGCCUGAGCUCAGCAUCCAGACGUUCCCGUACGAGUCGGUGUACACUGAGCUCCAAGCGAUCUGUGCUGCACUUGGCCACAAGGACAAAGUGUGGAUCUGUGACAAGGCCAGUUGUGCGCUCACACAGGUCAUCCCCAAGACCAACAGGAGUCCAAUACCCUACACUCCACUCUGUCUGUCUAAGGCUGUGAAGAACCCUACUGAGAUUCAAGGCAUGAAAAUGGCUCAUAUCAAAGAUGCAGUUGCUCUUUGCGAGCUCUUCGCUUGGCUGGAAAAGGAGAUUCCUAAAGGCAACGUGACUGAGAUCUCUACUGCUGAUAAGGCCGAAGAAUUACGCAGUCAACAGAAAGAUUUUGUUGGCCUCAGUUUUCCAACAAUAUCCAGCGUGGGUCCAAAUGGAGCAAUCAUACAUUACACACCACUGCCUGAAACCAACAGAACCCUCACAGUGAAUGAAGUUUACCUGAUCGACUCCGGAGCUCAGUACAUCGAUGGAACCACAGACGUCACACGAACGCUGCACUUUGGGACGCCGUCUGCUUUUGAGAAGGAGUGCUUUACUUACGUACUGAAGGGACACAUAGCGGUCAGUGCUGCCAUUUUCCCCAAUGGAACAAAAGGCCACCUUUUGGAUUCGUUUGCUCGUGCGUCCCUGUGGGAGUCAGGAUUGGACUAUCUUCAUGGUACUGGUCAUGGCGUGGGUUGCUUCCUCAACGUCCAUGAGGGACCCUGCGGCAUCAGCUAUAAAACCUUUGCAGACGAACCUCUGGAAGCUGGCAUGAUCGUCAGUGAUGAGCCUGGGUACUAUGAAGAUGGAUCUUUCGGCAUUCGUAUUGAAAAUGUGGUCCUUGUUGUACCAGCUAAGCCCAAAUACAACUACAGAAACAGAGGCAGUGUGACGUUUGAGCCUCUCACUCUGGUCCCUAUCCAAGUCAAAAUGAUGAACACAGAGCUGCUCACGCAGAAGGAGCGUGACUGGGUGAAUGAGUACCACAGGAAGUGCCGGGAGGUGGUUGGAGCAGAGCUGGAGAGGCAGGGGAGGAUGGAUGCAUUGCAGUGGUUGAUCAGAGAAACUCAGCCUAUUAACUGAAGACUGAUCCAGUCACAUUGUCCAGAACUACCUACUGAUUGUUCUGCAGUGAUAAUCAUUUGUACUUUUCUCCUCUCUCUCUAUCUCUCUCUCUCUCUCUCUUUCUCUCUCUUUCUGUGUCUCACACUCGGCUUCUUUUUGUAAAACUCACAGCAUUAGCAGUUUUAAUAAAGAUGGUUAAAUGU